GACUGCAGACAUUUAUUCACAGGAAGCUGGACCACCAAUGGCUCAGCUGAAGGUUCUGCUGCUACUGGGGCUGGGUGUUUCAGUGAACUCAGCUGUUUCUCUGCAGAAGAGAAUCAUUGGAGGUCAUGACUGUGACGACACGGACCGGCAUUAUCAUAUUCGGCUGGAAAUGAGCAAUGGUACUCAAAUGAUCUUCUGUGGAGGAUCUCUGAUCCACCCUAUGUGGAUCCUGACUGCAGCUGCCUGCUGGAAGUCGGAGAUGGGGUGGAAUAAUGUAGCAAAGUUAAAUGUUCAUCCACGGACUGCUAAACAGACGCAUUUCAGAGCCAUAGACCUUAAUGUAGUUUAUACUUCUGAAAACUGGAAGCAUGAAAUCAUGUUGCUGAAGCUCCCAACGCCAGUAACGGGUGUCCCACUUGUUCCACUACCAGACUGCAGUAAACGCCCUAAAGUUGGUGCUAUUGUUCAGCUGGCAGGAGAGGGAGCAACGACAACCGGCCCCAAUAAUCAACGAUUACCUGAUGCUGCUAUUGCACCACGUCUUCAGUGUGUCAACAUGAACGUUGCUGGCAGUCCCCAAUUUGUGGCUGUAUACGGUCAUGUAUUUUCUGCUGCUGCACCGAACAUGGAUGUAUGUCAUGGUGACGUUGGUUCAGCAGUGGUGUUCAACGGCAUGAUUUAUGGUGUGAUUACUCCAGUUGUACCAGGCGACGCAUUUCAGAUUCGGGUUUUCAUCAUGGAUGUGUGUGAAUACAUUGGGUGGAUAAGAAAAACAAUUGGGGUUCAAUAAAACAAAUUGUCACGAAAUAUAAUUCUCAUCAAAUUUCCUCUCAGAAAUAAUUUCAUUAUUGUUUCUUGAUCAGUUUGAUCCACAUGUUUGUAGAAUUAGAAUAAAUCAAUAUCUUUGUUUUUUCUCAUCUCACCUUGAGCUCCCUAAUGGAUCUUUCUCUGUCUCAGAAAUUAACAAUAAAUCAAUAAAUGCAUGGAAAAGAAA